AUGACAUCUUACAUCCGAGGAGUGAUCAUGUCCUUCAUAAUGUUUAUUUCACGGUUCAGCAUAUUUAUCACUGUUCUACUUUACGUGACUAACGUAAACAGAAUCACAGUAGAAAAUGUUUUCUUUCUCACCUGCUACUAUAAUAUCAUGAAGCAGACUAUGACUUUAUUCUUUCCGCAAGCUGUUGGCCAAGUUGCUGAAAUGAUGGUGGCUAUUCAAAGAAUAAACGACUUUUUAUUAAGUGAAGAAUGCUAUUUCCCACCAAAAGAUAAAGUCGAUACAACAAAAGCUGAAGUCAAGCCUAAAAAACGUGUCACCAUUUCUAUCGAGCCCAUAAAAACAUUAAGAAAACGAUCUCUGAAGAAACCUCAACCCAGUACAUCAUCAGGAAAAGAAAAAGAUAAAGCCCCGGGUUCUCAAAAGGAGGAUGUUAUUAUAAAAUUUGAAGACGCUAACAGCCGUUGGAUUAAAUCAUCAGACAUGGAUGAUGUUACAAACAUAAACUUAAUGGUAUAUUCUGGAUCUCUCACAAUAAUCAUUGGAGCUGUGGGUUCUGGUAAAUCCACACUGUUACAUAUGAUGCUUAAUGAGCUGCCGUGCUCCAGCGGAUCAGUGACCAUAAACGGAACAGUUAGUUAUGCUAGUCAAAACCCGUGGCUUUUUGUUGGUUCCGUCCGCCAGAACAUUUUAUUUGGACAGCCGUUCGUAAAAGUCCGAUACAUGGAGGUUUGCAAAGUGUGUGCUUUAGAACGAGACAUUUCGUUGUUUCCUCAUGGCGACAAAACGAUUGUGGGUGAACGAGGGGUCUCCUUGAGUGGGGGUCAGAGAGCCAGAAUCAACUUGGCGAGAGCUAUCUAUAAAGAGGCUGAUAUUUACUUGUUGGACGAUCCGCUUUCCGCCGUCGACACGCAAGUCGCGAGACAUAUAUUUGAAAGUUGUAUAAAGAGAUAUCUGGAAAACAAAACGGUCGUUUUGGUUACACAUCAGCUCCAAUUUAUAAAACAAGCUAAUCGGAUCGUGAUUAUGGAUAACAGGGAGGUUCUUGCUGAAGGUGAAUUUGACGAACUUAAUGAUCAAGAGUUAGAACUAAUCCAAAUGAUGCAGGAAAAAACUCGAGAAGUAAAAGAGGAAGACCUUAUGUCGUCUGUACAGAGCACUGUUAGCUUUCUUAGCUCGAAGCGAUCGCAUUGGUCACAUUGGUCACUGAUGUUUGAUUCUGCGGACCAAAAGCCAGACGUCGAAUUCCAGACUACGGGACGUGUACACGGUUCAAUCUAUAAACAGUAUUUCUUGGCUGACGUCACGUGCCUGUACUUUUUUUUCGUGGCGUGUCUUUUUCUAUUGGCGCAAUUCUUCGCUAGUGCAAGUGAUUACUGGAUAAGUAAAUGGAGUAACGCCGAAGACCACUUGACAGGCGACGCAACCAUGGACAAUUUAUUGUGGUCUGAGUACGGCUUGAGGAGGAGAGAUUUCGUUACAAUUUUUGGAGUAAUCACAGUAUUGACAGUUGCAGUAGCUUUGAUUCGAGCGUUUUUAUUCUUUUCACUUUGUAUGAGAUCUUCAAUUAGGCUGCACGAUAAAAUGUUCGAAUGCAUUUCACUGUCGCCAAUGAGUUUCUUCCACGUGAAUCCUUCUGGAAGAAUACUGAAUCGCCUCAGUAAAGAUAUGGGUGCUGUUGACGAGCUGUUACCACAAGCUAUGCUCGAUAGUUUUCAAAUACUUUUGAACCUGAUCGGAGUCAUAUUCAUUAUAAUAGUGACAGAGGUGACGCUGUUAAUACCAAUCGCGACUGCCCUUAUAAUAUUCUAUAUCUUUCGUUUAAUCUACGUUCGAACAACUGGAGCUAUCAAACGACUCGAAGGGAUAACCCGCAGUCCAGUCUUCAGUCAUGUAAACGCAACCAUACGCGGUUUACCAACAAUUCGGUCUUUCGGAGCAGAGUCACUGCUAGCCGAAGAAUUCGACCGUCACCAGGAUUUACACAGCGCAGCCUGGUACCUCUUCAUCACCUGCAGUCGAGCAUUUGGUUUUUUCCUAGAUAUUAUCUGCUUGCUAUUCAUAAUUUGCGUGACGUUUAGCUGUUUGAUGAAAAGUGAUAUAGAAGGAAGUGUCGUGGGUCUUUUAAUAACUCAAUCGAUAUCCCUAACUGGAAUUUUCCAAUGGGGUAUGCGUCAGUCAGCGGAAAUGGAGAAUCAAAUGACGAGUGUAGAGAGAGUUGUCGAGUACACAAAUUUACCGAAGGAGUCUACAUUGAUGGGCUCACCGAGUCUUGAACCUCCCGAAGGCUGGCCAAGGGAAGGAGCCAUUGAUUUUAAUAACCUCAGUUUGAAGUACAAUCUAGACGGUCCCUAUGUUCUCCAGAAUUUGCAAUUCAAUGUAGCGCCACGAGAAAAGAUAGGUGUGGUAGGUAGAACGGGAGCAGGCAAAUCUUCUAUAAUACAAGCGCUGUUCCGAUUGGCGUAUAUAGAUGGACAAAUUUUGAUAGACGGUGUGGAUAUAUCAACUAUUAAAUUAAAUUUGUUGAGGCAGAAGAUCUCAAUUAUACCCCAGGAACCAAUGUUAUUUAGUGGAACAUUACGAAAAAACCUGGAUCCAUUCGAUGAGUUUACGGACGAAGUUCUUUUAACAGCACUCCACGAUGUGGAACUGCUAGCUGAUGAAGACGAUCGUGAAGCAUUAAACAAGCAAGUGUCUGACUGCGGCUCCAACUUCAGCGUGGGCGAACGCCAGCUAGUGUGCCUCGCUAGAGCCAUCGUGAACAAUGAUAAGAUACUCUUACUGGACGAAGCCACUGCGAACGUGGACGCCCAAACCGACGCGUUAAUACAAACAGCUAUAAGGGAACACUUUGAUACGUGCACGGUCCUCACUGUGGCCCAUCGUUUGCACACUGUUAUCGAUUCGGACAAAAUACUUGUCCUAGACGCGGGCCGUCUCGUAGAGUUCGAUCACCCACAUUUGUUGUUACAAAAUAGAAAAGGCUACUUCAGGAAGAUGGUUAGUGAGACAGGACCAGCAAUGACGCAACUGCUGCACAAAUUAGCUGCUGAGAACUACCAAAGCAGAACAGAAAAAUGA